AUGACGGGUGAUCAACUUCGAGAAAGCAUUGCUCAAGAUCAGGAGAGAACUGAAACAUUAAAAAGUCAAAUGGAAGAGCUAGAAAGAAACAUUCAAAAUGUGGAUACUAAAAUCCAUCACACUGAAGCAACAUUAAAGGAUUUGCGGAAAUUACAGGACCAGAUUGCAACCAAGACUGCUGAAAGAAGCACUUUGUUCAAGGAGCAGCAGAAACAGUAUGCAGCUCUCUCAGAGGAGAAUGAAGACACUGAUGAAGAACUGAAGGAAUGGAAAGCCAAAUUUGAAGAAAAGAUUGCACUUCUGGAAUCUAGAAUUAGCAAGUUGGAGAGGGAAAUGAAUGACACAGAGACAAAGGGUUCUUUCCUAAAGCAGACCAUUAAUGAGAGUAUCUGGGAGAUCAGCAAGCUUCAAACCGAGGCUGAAGCUCAUAUUUCCAUGAAGAAUGAAAGAGAUCUAACAAUUCAAAAGCUUUUCGAGAGGCACAAUUUAGGGUCUUUUCCAAACUGUCCCUUCAGUAAUGAAGUUGUUUUGAACCUUACAAAUCGCCUGAAGUCAAGAUUGAUGGAUCUCGACAAAGACUUGCAAGAUAAAAAGAAAUCAAAUGAGAUAGAACUUAAGGUGGCAUGGGAUUGCUACAUGGGUGCAAAUGACCGAUGGAAAGAUAUUGAGGCUCAAAAACAGGCUAAAGUAGAGAUCAAGAGUGGAAUUUUGAAACGUAUAGAAGAGAAGGAAAUUGAGCGUGAUUCAUUUGAGCUUCAAAUUUCUAAUGUUAAUCUUGCUCACAUUGACGAGAGAGAAAAAAACAUGCGUAUUGAGGUCGAGAGAAAGACUAACCAACUGGCUGAAAGAGAAUUCGAAUCUAAUAUACGCCAAAAACAGAGUGAAGUAUAUACCAUAGAGCAAAAAAUUAAAUCUCUUAAUCGCGAGAAAGACAUCAUGGCUGCUGAUUCUGAGGACAGAGUGAAACUCUCUCUAAAGAAAUCAGAGUUGGAGAACCACAAAAAGAAACACAAAAAGAUGCAAGUCGAAGCUUUCUUUCUUUCUUUCCAUUUUUAG